AUGAAAGAUGAUGCACCUUUUCAAUAUGUUUCCGGAAGUAUACAUUAUUUUCGCAUUCCGGAACAGUACUGGCACGAUCGACUUUUGAAAAUGAAGGCUGCUGGGUUGGAUGCCAUUCAGAUUUAUGUACCAUGGAAUUUCCAUCAGCCCGAAAAGGAUGUAUAUGAUUUUGAUGGUGAUCGGAACUUGGGAAGGUUUUUGGAGCUGGCUUCAUCUUUAGAUCUGUUGGUAAUUGCACGAGUCGGACCAUACAUAUGUGCUGAAUGGGAUUUUGGUGGCUUACCAGCUUGGCUUUUGCGGUUUAAUCCGUUGAUGAAGUUACGCUCCAGUGAUCCAGAAUAUAUGAAGUUUGUGACGAUGUGGUUCAAUGUUUUGUUACCGAGUAUGAAACGUUUUCUCUAUGAGAAUGGUGGGCCGGUAAUUAUGGUGCAGUUGGAAAAUGAAUAUGGCUCCUAUUCAACAUGCGACGAAACAUACUUAAAAGAGCUUUACAAUUUAGCACGCUCACAUCUAGGGGAAAAUAUCAUAAUUUUUACAUCUGAUGGUCCAUCCAACAUCUUAUUAAAAUGUGGUUCAUCUGACAAACGCUAUCUAGCAACAGUUAACUUUGGUCCUACAACUGCUCCUGUACUUGAGGUUUUCAAAGUAUUGGAGAAUUUCCGACAGAAUCAACCCUGGGUAAAUAGUGAAUAUUAUGUUGGUUGGUUAGACGUGUGGGGCGGGGAUCACCAUAUUACUAAUCCUGAAUGGGCAGUGGGUGGACUAAAUCAUCUAAUCAGCUACUCAAUGAGAGUCAAUGUAAAUAUGUAUAUGUUUCACGGUGGAACUAAUUUUGGAUUUUGGAACGGUGGUGCAAGACCUGAAUCAUCAAUUACAAGUUAUGAUUAUGAUGCUCCAAUCAGUGAAGCUGGUGAUAUAACAAGAAAAUAUAUGAUAAUAAGAGAUCUACUUUUCCGGAGAAAAGGCACCAAACCACCGGAGUUACCAAGAAAUACUACAAAGAUUUCGUAUGGUCGUGUUAAUAUGAAAUUUGAAUCUCAUCUUCUAGAAAAUAAAGCUCCUGUUACUCAUUCUGCGUUUCCUCUGAUUAUGGAAAGUUUGCGACAGUAUGACGGCUUUAUGAUUUAUUCAGUCACUGUAACAGUCCCGCGCAAUGGAUCUAUUUUUCUGGAGUUCUUUGGUAUCUCAGACAUAGCGCAUAUUUAUACUGGAGAUAAAUCUGGGCAUUAUACAUUUCAUGGCUCAAUACGAUAUAGAAAUAGAACGUUUCAAUUAAACAACAUUCAUGAUGUAAGUAACCUUACUAUAAUUGCUGAAAAUGCUGGACAUAUUAAUUAUGGAUCUAACAUGUAUUCGGAUGUAAAGGGUAUUACUGGACCGGUAAUAUUGAAUGGAAAAGAACUUCGAGAUUGGACAAUGAUUCCAAUUAGAGAUCCGUUUGCUGUAGUGAGCACAAACAAAAUGAAACAUUUUCUGUCAGAAAAGAAGUGGCCAGUACCUGGAUCUAUUUAUCAUGGGGCAUUCAUUGUUGAGGAUUUGGGAGAUACUUUCAUCCAACCUGAUAGUUUUGUGAGGGGAAUAAUAUCAGUUAAUGGUCAUCAUGUAGGACGAUUUGAUCAGCAACAAGGACCACAGUUUCGACUGUAUGUACCGAAAACAUUUUUAAAACUGGGUAGAAAUCAUAUAACAAUCACAGAAUUACGAGGUCCUAUAAAAGAUAAUGCACAUCAUGUCCAUAUUACAUUUCAUGAUCAAAUGCUUUGGAAGUAAUUAUUUAUCAUUUUGUGAAUGCCAGUUUUAAGCCUUACAAUGUAUUAAUUGGACAGAACUAAUUUUUGAAUUUCUUUUAUUCAUUAUUAUUUUUAUUGCUGUCUAUUAAUAUACACAAUGAACAUUGCGCAUUUGUUAGAUUCUCGUUAGUUUCUAAAUGUCCUAAAAGUACAUGUGUUUGCGAAAAUCAUUGUCUUACAUUUUCCAUAAUUCUGGUCAUUACAGUCAUCUUUUAAGCAGUUUGAUGUGCUUGUUUAUGGAAAUAAAGAAUCAUUGUUUAGAUGUUUGAUUUGUAAUGGGAAUUAUUAAGGGUGGAUAUCUUGUGAUCGAAUCUGAGACCAUCUAAUAAUCAUUUUUAGUGAACAACAUGACUGUGAAUUAUGCCAGGUAUUCGGCCGUUAAAAAUAAUCAAUCUAUCGUAUGAGGAAAUGUGUACCUUCUAUUAUGAUUGAGAAAACAUUUUUGUGAAUGAAAUGUUCUAAAUUUUAUUUUAUUUGACUCCAAAACACGUUUACAUCAUCUGCUAAGUUGGCACUCAGUUUUAUCAUUGAAAUAUUCUAACGUACCUGAGGGUAAGCCGCCGGACACAUACCGGCAUUCAAAUAGAUGUAAACCAACCAGCAAUAGGAGAAAUCAGCAAAUUCAUCAGGCAAAUCAAUAGCGUCAAACAGCAAGACCAGAAAGCAUACCAGCUGAAGCACUAGAGCAAACUAUUAAAAUGUUAGACGUUUGGGAGGAAGAACACAUACCUUUGAACUGAACGGGAAGUUACUUCAUCAAGAUAUCAAAAAAGGAUUCCUUAGUACGUUUGAGAACUACUAUCAGUACCUCGAAAAGUUUUCAGCAAAUCGUUUUUGAAGUGAAUGAAUGAUUCAGUGGACGCUCAAGUUUGAAACCGAUAGGCUGGAUUUCGUAAGGAUUGAUCUUUUACCUACGAAAUUGCGAUACUCCCAAUCAUAGCUAACCAUUAGUUGAAUGGAGCUGAACGGAAGUAAGGGUUGUGAGGUUCUGAUCCGGUAGCGAGUGACUCGAAUUCGGAGAUUGUAACGAUUAAUUCGUAACUCAAAUCCACACAGAAAAUUUUGUGGUGUUUAUCAACUUGAGUUUUUCCUACCUCUUAACCCAACACCUCGUUUCUUCACGUUUGUUAACAAAAAUUUCAAAACACAAUAGUCUGUAAUAUUCCGAAUUUGGUUGAUAGCCAUCUAUUUUGGAGUUCGUCACUGAGAUGAUUCAGACGAAGCACUUGUCCAGUAAAGAUUCUGAACUUUUAGGCAGAUUCUUUACUGUCAUCCCUGAUAUUUAUUUAAUCAAUCCUUCAAAAAUUAGUUUCUUGGGAGAGUCAUUUUCAAGCAUAUAUCAGAGAGAAGGCACUGGUCAGUAGUACACAUUGUUUUUUUAUUUAUAUGAUUAUAUGCACUCAUAACAUUUUGGCCUGUGUACUUUUGCACAUAAUGUUAUUCUGAUUAAGUCACCAUGUGUUGAUGCGUCGCUUGUGUGGAAAAGGUACAAACGUAUUUUUACACAACUUGAUAAAUUCUUAAUAGAAACGAACCAUUUUUAUCGUUCUGUUGUGGAAAUUUGAGUUAUGACGACGCUUUUUUAUUUUUCAUUCAGAUAAUUAUUUUGAUUGAAAUCUUCAACAAAUGAAUGUAAAACAUUGCUUAUUACCGAAAGUUUGUGUUCGUGUUUUCUCCGACAAUGUAAUUGGAAGCGUCUGCUUCGAUCAUAAUUUCAAGACUGAACUGUUAGCAGCAUACCGGAAAGUAAUGAAAUUACACUGCCAAACGAUUUCUGUUAUCCAGUAGGGCAGUUCCACCUUACAUUCCGGACAAAAACUGGUUGAUAAGUUCUUCCAAGUGAUGAAGCUGUACUGCUAAAUUUCUGUAACAACUGACGAAAUCAAGAAUGGGAUUAAAAGUUGUAAAUUAGACGGUCGUAUUCUAUUGCACGUAGAUUUUUUAAAUAUCGAUGUUGUCUGUCCUUAUUAAAAAAACUACGAUUUUCCGAUCCCAUGAAAACUGUAUAGAUCUCUUUGAAUUAUAACCCAAUUUGAGAUAUUUAAGAUAACGGGGCAAUAAAUCCCCUAGCAGUAUAAUUGAAAUUUCGCAGUAGAAAACUCCAUACUUGAUUAUUUAACAGCCUUAAAUGUUGAGUCGUAACUAAGCCGUAUCCUAUCAGCCUGUUUGAAGUCUUGACCUUGAGGUUGAUUUAAUCUCGCAAGCGCGGGUUAUGACUUUUCAACAUUCUAAUCACACGACAGAAUUUUUGAAGUAUUUAUGUUCAGUUGAUUCGUGCUAUUUAACAAAGUAUUUUGUAGUUACACUUCCUUUAAUACCAAAUGCUCUAUAAAUGGUCAUAGCGAAUUUGGAAUACUUUAUCAUGGAAAAUAUUUUAGGUGAAGCUAUUCUUUCUGAAACACUAUACUAUAGUUUAAAUAGCGAAGGGAUGUAGUAGCACUGACCUAAAUACGAGCGAGUUGUAUGCAGCCUACUUGGUUGGGCUCCGCGUAACCAAUGGUUGGAGAAUCUGGGUGACAUGACCCAAAUUCGAUCACAAUGGUGUAGGUGUAUACACUCUAUCUUCCCUUAAACUAUGAGAUUAAAAUCGCUUUAUAAAUUUCUUUCUAUGACCUAAUUCUUUCUUCCUGUACUAUGUCCUUACAUGCAAUCUUUCUUUUAUAUAUUACCACCUGUGAAUUAACUACUUCUAUGAAUUCGGUGUUCAUCUUUUUAUGCUAGUGAGGUAUGGCACCUUGAACCGAUGCACAUAUUAUAUGCGUGGUCCUACGUUGUAGCUGACUGACUUGUAUGUUUUGUCAUAAGAUUUUACUAAUAAAUUUCACUAACUAGUAUAUAUAGAAUUUUAUUCACUUAGGAAAAGCCUCCUGUUUUUUUAAAUUGAGAAAUUGCAUAUUUUCUCAAGAAAAUUCUUUUGAAAUAUUUCUGUCAUUUUUAUGAACAUUCACUGCUUGCUGUUGUCAUUCAGUAUGCGGGUAUUUUAACAUUUGUGAGCUUUGCUAAUCGUUACACCCAUGUUUUGUUUAAAUUUAUCAAUUGUUUUGAAUGCGUAUUCCUGAAUUUUAUUAAAUUCUCUAUGAUUGUUCCUUUGCCAAAUUUUUUCAAAUAUCACACUUCCAGAAGUCAAGCAGUUGUUUGAACUAAUUGUAACUAACUUAAUGUCUAAUAUAACGGACUUGAACACGUUUUUCAUGAAUUACCUAUACAAAAUCCGUACAGAUAUUUUUCUGGAACGUUUUUUGACCAAUGAACCUGUCUGAUGAUUCUUCGUUAGAAAUAUUUGUUUUGAAUGUAUGGGUUGAAGUAGUAAGAACCGGAGUGACUAUAGAGUAUGUGCAAGAAAGAAUCUUUAUUUGACAUUCAGAUAUUUCAUGUGUAAGUGGUACAGAUACCACAGAACCUAGUUUCCAUUUUUUGUUGUAAUAGCAAACUACUUAGCAGUAGUAUACUAGAGAAGACGUAUUAUUUGGAUAAAUAGUUUACAUUUUCGACCAGGCUGUUAUUUCCGACUUACAACAUAGCACACUGUUUUUUUCCUACUCACUGGCAUCGUACUUGCAUAGCUAUGAGAGUAAAAUACAGUCAAAAUAAUGUCUGACGAAUUACUUUUGUUGAAUUAGUAUAAGUUGUUUAUAUAAUGUUUUGUAUUACAUAAUUCAACUAACAAUCAGUGUGAUUGCGAAUUCGUGCUUAAGCUGCCGUAUGGUUAUGUAUUUCACUUGAUAUUAACAUGAAGGUGUAGAAAGAUGUGAAUUGUUUGGUUUCACUUGAGCAAGUAGUCGGUAACCGAUGUAUAUCAUACAUUUUAAAUGACUAGAUUGUAAUAUACAUAUAUAUGAAAAUUAUUUGUUAAAGCAUUGGUUCCCUGUGGAAAUAUGAACAGAGAAUGAACAUGAUGAUGUAAUAGAAAGUUUAUGAUACUAGAUUACGCAAUGUAAAUAGUAACAAUGAAAGAUUGUGUGUGUGAAUGAAAAGCCUUGUAAAACUCACAAAUUAGCAACGGUUUAUAAUGUUAUAAUUAAGACAUUUUUGUUACGAUAAUUAAAGGUGAUAGAGGGGUUAAGUGAAAUGAAGUGAUGUCAGAGACAGUUUUAAAUAAAAUCAUAGGGAUAUGACAAACAAUUAGAGAGGGGAAUAUUUUCAAAUACGAAAUAUAAUAAUAAUGACCAUGGUAACGGUAAAUAUAAGACGUACUUCUUUUGAACGCACAGUCCCGGCUUCAUCUCAUGGAUGGCUGAAACUCUUGUUCUUUUAGGCAGUUGGAUAUGCACAUAGAGGCGACCAGAUGAGGAAGCUUAUUCUUUACGGAUAUCAAAAGCAAGUUCCUACUAGUGAACGGUAGUCGCAGCUUUGCUGCAAAUAACGUUCUUUUUACCGCUGACGUUAACCGACUUUUAGUCACAUCGGAAGUUCGGUCGCCUUUAAAUUCUAUAUUCAUAUAAAUAUAUUUGUUUGAAUCGGAAUUGCCGGACUUUUUGUUCUGACUUCUUUUUUGUUUUAUUCUUCGUGAAAAGACAUGGAUAGCUGUUUCCAGCCAGAGUUUUCCUGAGGAACGAAAGUUCUUCGUCAAUGCAUUCCGUAUUACUUAUCCGAUGAAUUCGGUAACACAAAGGGUGAAUAAGAUUACGCUCUAUGCUUAUUGGAAGCCAGCUAUCGAAGUUGUUUAGCUGACCGUUCCAUAUUUGUUUUUUGUAGACUGACCUUUUUAAGGAUGCAUCACUUCUUGUCAGACGUUUAUUAAGAAAAGCGAUUGAAUGGCCAAACUUAUUUUCUAAAGUGAAAUGUUUAAAAGUAUGGCAUGCGUCGAAGGAAUGUAAAGGACGUACCAUUUCAAUGUCGUCACAAAUGUGUCAUUUAUGUAUCUUAUAGAUUAUAUCGAUUGAUAAUCGAACUAAGUUGUCUGUUUUCCAGCUUUGUCCUCACGGAACUAUUGCUUCAACAAAAAAUUUCAUAUAUAUACGAUUGUACAGCUUCAUAAUAAAUUCGUUGAAAAGUGAUCUUUUCGUACUUUAAUAAUAAUUUAUAUAUGCCCUAUAGUUUUCUAGUACCACUUACUAACACAAAACUUUCACAUCAAUAUGCAAUAAUCUACUUGAUGAAAAAGCAUUCUGAUAAAGGUAUUAGAUUUAACGUUUCGUAUUGUCUUAUGUCCUGUGGGAAAUCUCUGGCGAUUGUAUCAUAAAUACAUGUAUUUAUUAUAAGUUGAUGCUUUUGAAAUGUAUAAAAUGAGGCACAUAAUUACCUACUCCAAUACAUUCAAACUUAAAAGUUCAUUAAUGUAAUGUGUGAAGACGUGUUGGUCAUCCCUAUCACCAUUGAUAAAAUAUCUUUUAGAGAUGAAAUUGAUUUCACUCUUUAUAUGGUAUUGUAAACAGCCGAUAUUGUGUGAAUUUUUGUAUUUAUGACCUAGUCAUCUCUGAAAAACUUCCAACAAACUACACCAAUGUUUUCGUUUUUUAUGGUUGAACCUUAGAAUAGAACUUUAAAUAAGCUCACUGUGUGACUUUUAUCAAAAUGUUUUACCUUCACAUGUAAUUUUGUUAGCUUUAUAAGUAACGCUUUUCCUCACAGAAUAAACAAGGACAGGGUUUUUUGGAAUAUGGACACUGAUCUAAAUCAUUAAGAUUCUACUUUAGGAAUCGAUUAAUUUUAUGAAAAGUCUACUUCCAAGUAAACUAACGGUGUUGUCUUAAACGUUAGUAUAUAGUAGCGAGCAAACGGUUAACCAAACUGUUACCGUUGGAAGGUGCCCGAACGGAUCAAUGUUCAGGAUAUAUGACAAAGAAACGUUGAAAAUAUGGUGUUUGAUUUUUAAUAUGGAUUGUCAGAAACUGAUACUGCCAAACUACUGACUGUAUAGAAAACAAUUUUCAACAGAAUUUCACUGAUAUGAAUGGUAAUUAAGCGUCUAAUAUCAUUUUACCUGCUCUCUGAAAGGCCCACAAAAUCAUAAACUUGUUACAGAUGGGUUCAAAAUACAUGUUUGAAGUAAGUCUUACAUCAGCACGGAGAUGAUUCGUCAAAUCCCUCCACAUGCGUUUGAGCUACUAUAGGUAAAUAUUUACCAGUUUUUUGGAACUUUUUUUCGGUAGGAUUUUCCAGUUAUCGUUCUGUAUCAAUCCAAAAGUCUUUUUGCUAUUAGUGUUCCACACAAUUGACAUAAACUUACAAUCGGCGAAAUAUUUGCCAGCAGAGUUUUAAUAGCUCUAGUAGUGCAACUAAUCGUGAUGGUCAACUUAGGUUGAUGUUAUCUUCUCAUUUUACUGUUUGGGUGAAGACAGGAGAAAUACGGUACAUUUUUUGAUUAGAUGAGGGGUUCAGUAUUUAUUUUUCCUCUUCAAUCAUUUCAUUUUACUAAACUAAACAUGUCAUUCCGAUACUUAACGUGUUAUUCAUCUCGUCGGAUGCCAACUUCUCUUCAGUUCACUUUAUGUAAGUUUCCCAUCAUAUGCUUUUACAUGUUUCAUCAUCUACAAAUGAUUAAUUUAUUCCAGGCGCCUAUUUUAACUAGAACUCUAAAUGUACGGGCUAAAGGUAUAUUCUGUUACAUGGAAUAACUUUUACCGACUAUAAAACUCUUGGGCAUGAAAAUCUUUGGUGUGGUACAGCAUAAUCCAAAAAUCUGGCCUUAAUUUGAACAGUCCCUCAAAAUGAUAAUCGAUUACUCACAAAUACUAGACAAACAUUUACACGAUUUCAUUAUAUAUAUUUUUUCAUUUUACAGAGGAAGCAUUACUUUGAGUUGUUAAUAGAUUGAUAAAAGUAAAUUUUUUCUGCACUCACAUGAUUAAAAGUGAAACUUGGAAAUUAAUUUCGUCUAAACAUUUCUAUGCGUUUCAUGUAACCAUGUAUGUUGUUACUGAUUAGUUGUUUACGGUGAAUUCUUUUUACUAGUCUGUAAAUUCUUAUAGAAAGUAAUAAACCUAUGUGGUGCUGAAAUAAAUUAUUUUGUACGCUUGUUAAUAUUCGAUUGAGCAAGUACCCUAUAAAUUUAGAUAAAGCUGAAGGUUUAAUUAGGAGAAGAACCCAUGUGUAAGUUGAAAAUAAUAAUAAUUAUUAUUUUAACUGCCAAUAUUUCUCUUACCUAAUAUUAUUUUUCGCUUUAACAGUUUUCACUUAUCAUGAGUCUGUGUUUAUAAUAUACUGCGAGUAAAGUUUGUUUAAACUGGUAUUUGAAUUUCGGUGAUGAAAUGUAAAACAAGAAAAUUCACCGACACAAGCAAAACUAUACAACCAAGUCAUUCUAUACAUGUUAAUGUAUGUUCACCUCGAAGAGUUGGUGUGCUGAGUUUUUUGAAGGUUCUUUCGUUCAGGUUCACCAAAUGUUCAUGUAGGAAAUCGGAACUUAUAAACUGAUGUUUUUGUUCCAAAGUAAGGAGUGAGCUCGUUUGUUACGGUUACAUUCAAAAUAUUUUACAAUAACCAUGAAGUUCGUUAUCAUAUCUGAUUUAACUUAUCUUAAGUAGUUACACAGUAAUGGAAUUCAUGUUAAGUGUUUCUUCACAUUUGUGUCUCGUCUGUUAAACUCAUCUGUGUCCUAAUGUGUUAUUGCUGCUCUAAACUCACGACUUUAAAUCCAGAUUAUAUUAAGAUGUCAUGUUAUUUCAAAAAAAUGUUACAUUCCAAACAAUAUUAUAAAGCCUAUUUAAAAAUCACUAUCUCCCAACCAAGAAUAAAUCUUUUUGUUCCGUAAAUGUCACACACAUGCACACCUUCAUAAUACUUGCAAGAAUUAAAAUUAGUAGCUGGUUGACGUUAAGCAUCUAGUGGAUAAAUGUCAAAUGGCUUAUGUCGGUUUCUAGUGUUGAUGAUUAUACGUAGAUGAAUAUUCAGAUACUCUAACAGUAAUGUUUCAAUUUUAGCAAAACUUGAGUCUUUAAUUCUGUUGUUAGUCACUCCGAAAAUAAAUAUUUUGUUUAGUUUUGGAUAAUACAAAGCAUACUAUAUUAGCGAACUAACUUUUCAAAACAUUAUAGCCUGUCAGUAAAAUGUUAAACUAUAUUUUAUUCACUCAGUAGAUUAUUAUGAUAAGUGUGAUAGAUAAGUGUUUGUGUUUAACUG